UUAGAUAAAUCAUUUAUUUCUCACCUUUUUAUUAUCAUUUUUUCCUUUGUUUACAUGCUUACCAGCGUGCUAGCACUCUAAAUGUAACGUGGACUCGGUGCUCAUCCUGUCGCUGUCUGUUUAAGCACCUUGGAGAACUCCGCUCCGCAGCGCAGCGCAGCGCAGAAUCGUGAUCGUGCGUAAACUACGUCAAAUCCGCACGGAAGAAGCAAAAAAUGCUGCACUGACUGGAGCUGCCUCGUCUUCAUCUUUUGUUGCUGCUUUCAGCUGACUCCAUCGGGGUUUUUUUUUGCUUUGUUUUGCCUGCGUCGCUUUGUUACUGGAAUCCUUUGGAUAUCAGAUUGGUGAUGGAGGCUGUGUGGAGCCUUUAGAGGGAUGUUGCAUGGCUCGUUUUCAUCCUUCGCUCGGUAAGAUGAUGUCUUGCGUAUUUCUUGCACAUUUUCACUCGAGGCUUGUUUUUUCCACACGCAGUGGAGCACCUGUUAGCUGUGUGGUUGUGCUUUUACUGAGGCGUUACGAAACGCUCAUGUUGUUAUUUUGUCUCCAUGCUGUAGAUCGAGUUUCACUGGAUUGGCCGAGGCACAUGCCAUUCAAUACACUGCUCCUGCCCUGCGUGGUAUAAACAGCAUGGACAUCGCACAUUCCAGAGGGUCUAAAUAUAUCUAUUAAGGCCACAGGAGGGGGAGCACUGGUGUAGGGGGGGUUUAUCCUGGGACGUUUCACUGUCGUGGUGAACUCGCACCACUUGAAUUAUCUUUUCCGGAGAUUGACAAUCGGUUAUUGUGCCCACGGAGGAGAACUUGGCCCUGUCCAAACAUGCCCUCGAGUUACAACGUGAGAUCCAGGGCUCGGGAGAGAAACAGCGUCCUGAGCAGACCUGAGUUCAUGUCCCUCAACCAUCAGCCCCUCCGCGGCGGCAGCAGCAGCGGCAGCAGCGGCGGCGGCGGCGGCGGAGGCGGCGGCGGUGGAGGAGGAGGCUCCUCUGAGAGCCGAAGCAGCUCAAGACGACCGGGUCAGAUCAAGCACCAAACAAGCCAGCAGAGCGAGGAACCUACCGACAGCGGCAGCAAGGACAGGAGGGAGUCCAACAAGAUGCCAGAGGAAGACUGCAUGCAGCUGAACCCUUCUUUCAAGGGAAUCGCAAUGAACUCCCUCCUCGCCAUUGACAUCUGUCUGUCCAAGCGCAUGGGGGUGUGCGCCUCCACGUCCUCCUCAUGGGGAGGCUGCCGCUCCAUGGUCGCUCUGCUGGCGCUCACAGGGCACGGCAUCACGUGGAUCAUUGGCACUAUCGUGUGUCUCACGCGGAGUAACACUCUGGCUGGACAAGAGGUCCUAGUCAACCUGCUGCUUGCCCUCAUCCUUGAUGUCAUGACUGUGGCCGGGGUCCAGAGGCUGGUGAAGCGGAGAGGCCCCUGGGAGAUGACGCCGGGCUUCCUGGACUGCGUCGCCAUGGACAUCUACUCCUUCCCCGCCGCCCACGCCAGCCGGGCCGCCAUGGUCUCCAAGUUCCUGCUGUCCCACCUGGUCCUGGCCGUGCCGCUUCGCAUCCUGCUGGUGCUGUGGGCCUUCCUGGUGGGCGUGUCCCGGGUGCUGCUGGGGAAACACCACCUCACAGAUAUGGUGUGCGGGUUCGCGCUCGGCAUGCUUCACUUUAGCCUGAUGGAGACUGUGUGGCUCUCGUCGAGCACCUGCCAGACUCUCAUUUCCAUCAGCACGCUCAGCUGGAGCCCCUUUUUCUGAGGGUUUUUUGAUAUGCUAGCACACGAGGCUUGUUUGAUACUCUAACCUUGCAACAUUGAGGACUUAGGUAGUUAUUUUUUUUUGCAAGGGUCAGACGUUUUUAUCGCGGGCUGCGAACAAAAGAAGCACUAUUAUUUGGAUGCAGACUUGCAUGUAAUACCCAAAACAGGCAGGUCACAGGACCUUACAAGGCCUUCAUGAAGCUUCUCAAAUUCUAGUGCUGCAAGCCUUUACUGCUACUUAGUUUCAAUCAAACAGUGAUAAUAAAGAAAGAAAAAAACACUGCAAACUAAUCACAAAUUUUCCUGAAAAUGUACAUGAACGAUUUCGUUUUUUUUUAUUAUUAUUGUUUCGAAAAAAGCUCGUACCAUGUAUCCACGAUUUAACAUGAUUUCAUAUCAGAACUCUUAGCACCAUUUAUUUCUCUCUUCUCUCUUUUUUAAUUUAAUUUUCAGGAUGAUGAAAUACUAAAAUUAUGUUAAAUGGAGUUUGGUGUUAGGCGGUAUUAUUGGAUGUAAAAUUUCAAAUAUAUAAAGCUGUUGCUGUUUGGAUAUCGUUCCUGAUUGGCAUGACUAUUAUAUUUGUGUACCUCUUGAAUUUCUUUUAUUCUGAUGUUUAUCACAUGUGAACUUACUUUUGGACUGCAGCUGAAUUCAGCUGCUUUAUCUGCAUUUGCAUCCAAUUUUUUCUUACAUUGCCAAGUAUGAUUUCCUUUAAUGUGCCAUUUGUGAAUUUCUGAGUUUAAAUCUUCUUUUUAUAGCAGAUAUUUCUCUUCAGCUCUUUCAUUAGAGGCUCGUCAGGUCUGCGCAUUAGCCUAGCAGAUGUUUAUGGUUUGCCAAUGACACCGAUUCUGUGCCCCACUAAACAACUGAAGCGUGUCUGUGUGUGUGAGUGUGUGAGUGUGUGUGUGCACGUCACAACACAGCAAAAAAUAUCCCUUUGAAAUAUCAGUUGUCAGGCCUUUUUUUCUGAAUGUGUUUUUUAUGGACCUUUGAAAUGAAGCCUGCUGGGUUUCUUUGGCAAAAAAUAUUUCUGUGCACCGAUUUGGUACAGUUCAAUAUAGUUUAGUGUAUAUUAGUUAGUUUUGUUGGUUGUGUACAGGGAUCUGUAUAUGAUGUUUUUACUCUGUUGUUCCAUCUCAUUAAUAAAACGAGGUGGACAGUCGGGAAAACGUG